AUGGGGCACCACCAGCAAAGCUCGCUCUACAGCCGCCGCAUGUCAGAGGCCGAGGACCAGCCAGAAAGGGGGCAGGAUGACAGCACCCUGGGCCUCCGGGGCCCCACGUAUGAGAACCGAGGGUCCAGGGACCCCAAAUACCAGGGUCUGAACGAUGGGGACCUGGGACUGGAAGACCAAGAGGAAGAAACUUCCCCUGAGGAGGUGACUGGGGAAGAAUUCGUGGACGCCCAGAACCCGGAGGAGGCCCUCACGGAGCUGGAGAGGGCUCUGGAGAAAGACGCGGAGGAGGGCGUGCCUGAGAUGAGUCGGCUGUCCACCUCCCAGAGGACCCCUGGCACCUCCGUGGGCUGGGAGAGGAGGAAGAAGAGGCGGCUGUUUGAGUUGGCGAAACCCAAGACCAACUGGCAAGUCUUGAAAGACAGGAUGGGGUGCUGCUGCAGGGGCUACGCCUGGAUCACCCCCUGCAUGAGGAACCUGCAGUUCUGUCCGCUGCCCACAUCGCCAUCUGUGUACUGGACAGAGAGGUUUCUUGAGGAUACCACCCUCACCAUCACGGUGCCCGAGGUGUCCUGCCGGCUGGAGGAGCUGGCCCGACCUAAGAAGUUCUACUCAGAGUAUUACAACAACAACAGGACCAGCCCCACCUGGCCCAUUCCCCGGUCCACCUUGGAGUACCGAGCAUCCAGCCGCCUGCGGGAACUGGCCACCCCGAAGGUCCGGAAUAACAUCUGGAGCAUACACAUGUCUGAGGUGUCCCAAGUGUCCAAGGCAGCCCGGAUGGCCACCCCCAGUCUGAGGAUCAUCCAGCUGGCAAAGCCCAGGGCUCCAGCCGCCCUGCUGGAAGAGUGGGACCCCAUGCCAAAACCCAAGCCACACGUGUCAGACUAUAACCGCCUCCUUCACCUGGCCAUGCCCAAGGCCCAGUCGGACAAGUGUGUUCCUGACCGAGACCCGCGCUGGGAGGUGCUGGAGGUCACCAAGAAGGCGGUGGCCAGUCCCUGCAUCGUCUCCCUGGCCAAACCCAAAGUGCGGAGGGACCUGAGCGAGGGCUACAACCUGCAUCCCCUCGCCUGCACGAGCUUGCCACCCCCAAGAGUGUCACCAAAAAAGCAUGAGCAGCCCAGGCCUGGCCCCUCAGCCCGUUCCCAGUAA